UACCAGAGCUGUGGCGCCAUUACAGAGUGUAAGAUCUCGGCUGGAAAACACACAUUUGGAGUAUUGAAGGAGUCAAAGGAAGGACAGUAUAACUUGGUGAGUCUUGCUUUUAAAAGACAAUUCAGAUACCAAGACAAAUGGCUGAGAAAAUCACACUCUUUGAAAGUUUCCUGAACUGCCAUGUGUGUUCAGAGACUUUAAGAGAUCCUGUGUCUCUGAGCCGCAACCACAGAUUCUGUUCAAGCUGCCUGCAAAAAAUCUGGGAACAAGCAAAAAACAAAAACUGUCCCAUCUGUAAGAGAAAAUCCUCAAAAGAUAACCUGACAGUGGACUUUGCACUGAAGGAACUGGCUGACUCCUUUGCUGGGAGACAGAAAGCUGGAUCAUGUGAGACAGUGAAAGGAGACAGGAAGGUGGAGGUGGUGUGUAGUAAACAUCAAGAAGAGCCUAAAUUGUUCUGUAAGGAUGAAGAUAGAGUUGUGUGUACUGUCUGUGAGUUUUCUCUCCACCACAGUCACAAGGUGGUUCCUGUUGAACAAGCAGUCAGUGACCUGAAGGACCAGCUGAGAUCUGACUUAAAGUCUCUGCAGGACAAGAGGGACAAACAUGAGAAAGUGAAGAAUACAUACGAAGAUGAUGGAGGAGGUCCACUUCAGUCCUGUCAUUCUGGACCCAAACACUGCUUUCCUCUGGCUCCAUCUGUCUGAUGAUCUGACCAGUGUGAGAAAUGACACAAAGCAGCAGCUUCCUGACAAUCCAGAGAGACACACUAGAUAUACCAUGGUUCUGGGCUCUGAGGGCUUCAGUUCAGGGAAACACAGCUGGGAGGUGGAGGUGGGAGACCAUCCUAACUGGCGUUUGGGUGUGGCCAAAGAGUCAGUUGACAGGAAGGGAGAGCUGUUUGUGACACCAUAAUAUGGAAUCUGGUGUAUUUUUCAUAAUGAUGGAAAGUACUAUAAUGGUCUCGUUUAGACUGUCUCAGUGAAGAAGAGUCUCCAGAUGAUCAGAGUCCAGCUGGACUAUGACAGGGGGGAGGUGUCCUUCUUCAACCCUGAAGACAACGCUCUCAUCUUCACUCACAGUGACACUUUCACUGAGAAACUCCUCCCAUUUUUCAGUGUUGGAAAAUCUGGUGAUGCCAAAACUGCUACUGUUAAAAUCUGUCAAAGUGAUGUUUCUCUGUGAUGUUCAGGAAUGUUAGUGAAGACUUUACUGUGACUUCACUGUGUGUAAUAAUGUACUCAUUACUCAGUCUGCAUUACAUCAUCAGGUUAUAAACUUUCAUACAGGUACAAGUCAAUUUAAGUUUAAAAUGAUAGCUUAUUAGCCUGGUUAUCUUGUUUUAAUAAGACCACAAUAUAACACCUAGACCUGAUUCUUUGUUUGCAGUUGUGUAAUUCUGUAACUUUUAUCAUUGUCAAACAUUAAUUUUAGUUUGUAAGAUUUCUGGAUCUUUUAAUGAGUUUUAUCAGUUUUGUUAAUGUUUUAAUUUCAGUGUUUUACACUUUACACCUGAAGUCACAGCGGUUCAGUGGCUCUGAUUGAUCGUUUGUGAUUUUGUUCUUCAGCAGUCAAUUUGUUGUCAAGAACUGUCUGAAACUAAUUAUGCAAAGCGUUUUUUUUUAUCUUGUUUUAUUGUUUUCAUGGAAACUUGCUGCAAAAAUGUUUGCUCCUAAAUCAUUGUUUAGAGCUGAAAAUCCUUUGAAAGAUCACGACCCAUUAAAUAUUUGGUUAUAUUUUGUUGAGCCAACACAUAUAAAGAUGGUAACUCCUACUUUUGAUAUUCUGCUGACUUGUUAAUGGAUCAACUGAAUAUUUGCUCACAUUGUUUUGUGAACACAAAAUGCUGAAACUGAAUCACAUUAUCAGGAGAAGAAUAAAAUUGUGAAUUAUCCUGGC